AAAUGGCGUCUUGUGCCGUAGAGUCCAGCAUGGAGCUGAGCGCAGAACUGAUAGGCAGGGAUGGGUCUAGUCGCCCGUUCCGGGUAACCUGUGAGGGGACAUUGCGAGGAGUUCUGGGAGGCCUGGAGCGGCUGCAGGGGGAGGUGUCGGCGGAGCUGAGCCGGCUGGUGGAGCGGGAGAAGGCGGCGGGAGGUGCCCGGGGGCCAGACAAUGUCGACAAGGAGGAGGAUGAUGAUGAGGAGGAGGAGGAGGAGGAUGACGACGACGACGACAGCAGCUCAAAGAACGGAAGCUUGUCCAGCAGCCCCCUUGCAAAGAGGACAAAGACUUUGCAGAGAUAGUUCUGUUUGCUGCAAUGGACUCUGUGGGGAGGGGAGUACAGCCGCAGGACACCCCAAGAGACCCCCGGUUCUGAUAACAGUUGGGCACUGUAAUGGUGAAACCUGACAGCGCUCGGCUCUGCUUCUACUGAGGAGACGUUUCGUGGCAGCUGAUACUUUCCAUGUACAGUUCAUACAGGAGGCAACAUAAGUAAAAGUUACUGCUGGACCCGA